AUGCGCGUCGCAAUCUUCGCAACCCUCGUUCUCUCUUUCGCGACAACCGUACUAGCCUCCGACGGCAUCACCGACCUACAGGCCAUGACAGCCUUCCUUAGCGACGCCGCACUACAGAUCUGGAGCACGCAGAUCACCAACGGGACAUCCGCUUACAACGGCCCGGUCACUCCGACCAUGGACCUGAUAGCCAACAUCUCUGCUCAGAUCAACGCCUCGAAAGCAUCUCUCGAAACCGACCAGAACGCCUUUACGAAUGGCCAGACUGGCGCCAUAGAGACCACAUACCUCAGCUACAUCGAUACCGUCCCGACUUUUGCCCAGGCGAUCGAAUCUCAGGGCCGCACAUGGCACGACGAGAUGAACGCCCCGGUCUUUGCGAACCUCCAGUCGCUAGCCGCAGCCAUCCAGGCCUACGGCUCCUCCCUCCGGCGCGGCCAACUCAUCUCCCAGACCUCGAUGAUCCGCACCAUCCGCGCCGUCAGCGCCGUCAGCAACGCGCAGCGCAGCUGGGACCGCCCGUUCAACUACCCCGGGAAGCGGAGCGUGAUGCGGAACGGGCGUCGCGGCGAGGCGGCGGGGCGGAUCUAA